AUGGCUGAAGCCGGUGGAGGUUAUCGUGUUGAAAUUGCCAAAACUGGCAGAGCAGGUUGCAAGAGUAACCUUUGUGGAAGAUCAAAGAUCGAACGUGGACAGCUUCGGUUUGGUUCGUUCGUUGAUUCUGGUCGCUUUCAAAGCUGGAUGUGGAGACACUGGGGUUGUGUUACUGAACGUGUUAUUCAAAAUGUAGAAACUAAGUUAGAAGGAAAUAUCGUCGACAACCUUGAUGGUUUUGAUGAAAUAGAGGAUGAGGAGGUUCAGCAAAAAGUUAUACGAGCUUUCAAACAGGGCCAUGUGGAUGAUGAAGAUGUGGAAGCUUCACGUUCUAUGGCACCAGAAGAUGACGAGAACGAAGAGGAAGAUACGAAAGAAGAAAAUUUGACCACGGAAGAAGAAGAAGAACCACUGGAAGAAGUCAAAGGAAAGCGAAAGCGUAGUACGAAAACUCCUUCUAAGAAAGCUGAACCCAAGUCAUCAAAGAAAGAUGCCAAAAAGCCAAAGCUUGAGGUUGUAAGCGACGAAGAGGCGGAAGAAUUGAAGGAUGAUGAAGAAGAAGAUGAGCUCUUGCCAGAAAAUGAUGAUGAUGAUGCUGAGGAGGAUGGCGCAGAUGAACGAGAUGGUAGUGACUCAGAGGAAAAGUCUCCUAAGAAAACGAUUGCCUCGGAACGCCCAAAGCGCUCAACUAGGGCGCCUGUUAAGUACGCUGAAAGCGGUGAAGAAUAUUCUGAUAGUGACUAG